CAUCCACUUGUUUGUUAGGUUACAGAUAAAAAUUUACUAGAUGAAGUCAUGAAUGGCUCGAUGAGUAAUAAUGAAACAAGAGUCAAAGAAGAUGGAUACAUAUACAUGGUUCUCGAAUACGGUGAAAUUGAUUUGGCUCAUAUGCUGUCUCAGAAAUGGAGGGAACUAGAUGGCUCUGAUUCAAUUAUUGAUGAAAACUGGCUUCGAUUUUACUGGCAGCAAAUACUUCUUGCUGUUAACACCAUACACGAGGAACGGAUAGUCCACUCGGACCUAAAGCCAGCUAAUUUCCUUCUUGUCAGAGGCUCGUUAAAGCUGAUUGAUUUUGGUAUAGCAAAGGCUAUAAUGUGUGACACAACCAACAUUCAACGUGAUUCACAGGUGGGUACUUUAAGCUACAUGUCCCCUGAAGCUUUUAUGUGUAAUGAGACAGAUGCAAAUGGCAAUACUAUAAAGUGUGGUCGGCCCUCAGAUAUCUGGUCAUUGGGAUGCAUCCUUUACCAAAUGGUUUACGGGAGAACACCCUUUUCAGAAUACAAAACUUUCUGGGCGAAAUUCAAAGUUAUAACAAAUCCAAACCAUGCAAUCGCAUAUGAACCUUUGUCCAACCCAUGGCUACUUGAUCUUAUGAAGAAGUGUCUUGCAUGGGACCGAAAUGAAAGAUGGAGGAUUCCUGAGCUACUCCAACAUCCAUUCCUUGUUCCCCCUGUUCCACCACAGUUGCCUGCUCCAGUUGAGCAAACCUGUACACUGCUUCAAUUAAUUGCUAAAUCAUGUGAAAACGAUAGUAAGGCAUCAACGCUAUGUCUGCAACUCCAAAAUUUACUAGUGCACCCCAGUCAAAUAUCGCAUGAGGCAUUACCUGUAUGCCAAUACCAGAAGUUGCUUGGUGAUGUCUCUGCCCUCUGUCUUCAACUCCAAGAACAGUUGGGAAACUCAGAAAGAGGAACAAAGAUGUAAUGUUAAAGAUGAUUUAUAUAUUUUAGCAUUCUUCAGUCGUAGGUUCUUUAAGGUAUUGGGCAGUUACAUAUCUGUCUCCAUCUUUAAAGUCUUCUGCCAAGUUACUGAUGUGUAUACAAAAGCUACUCAAAACAAAGUGGGCAUUGCCACCUGGUUUUGUUUUCUUCAAGUGGCUUGCAGAUAAUAGGUGAAGAAGGGUUGUAACUUUGCCUAAGAAAGAGGACCCCUAUGUAUGUGCAAGAGUUGGUAAGAUGCCAUUUUUAUCUAAUGAUUACUAUAAUUUUUUA